GCGAGAGAAGGCUGUGAACCGUCGUCUUUCCGCCUAUUCAUUUCGUAUCCAGUCAUACUCUGGCACCGAGUCUCGCCGGUUGAGCACUUGGUUCGUUCCCAGCCGCUGUUAACGGACAAACUCAUUGACACGUUGGUGAAGAAAAAAUCGUUUUCGGUUUUUCUUUUUUUUAUUAUUAUUCUUUUCCUACCGUUGAAUCAUUCGACGAGAGACAAGUGAUCGAAAAUCAGCGAACUGUCGAGUCGGUUCGUCAACGACGAGGUUUCCGAUCGGUUUUUAAAAAUCCUCAAAAAGUUCGAACAUCUGCGGUUAAAAAGUCACGACAUUUCAGAAUUCGUAAACACCGAUUUUCGAAAUCGGGACGAUCUUGCAACUGAGAUGGUUAUUUCUUAAUACGAAAUAUAUUAAUAAUCCAGAGAGUAACGGCGAUAAAAAUAAAUUGAAUUACCUUUUUUUUUAAAUAAUCAUUUUACUCAUUCGGAUAAAUCCAACGUCGAUGGACAUAUUGCACAAUUUUUAACAGAUCAACUGACCGACAGUCGAAGGUGUGUAAACAGCUGAGAUAACAAUCAAAAGAUCGGAUCUUGGAAAUUUUCUGCUACCAGUAUUAUAAAAAAAAAAAAAAUAGACGCCAAAUAAAAUGAAAACCUACCAAAGUGUAAAUAAAAUAGAAAGUUAAAGACAAUAAAUUUUUCCAAAUUUUGUCAUUGGAGAAUAUCAUCACUGCCAGCUACGAUACCAGCUUCAUUAAUUUCGACGCUAUUGAAGAGUGAACGACAAUUCUGUUCUAAUUCGCUAGAUAAGUGAACAGAGUUAACGGCAAUAAUAAAUACGUACAAAUAAAGUGACAGAAACUUGAUUAAAUAAAAAAUAAUAAAAUCAAAAACACAAAAUAUGGAUACGGGAACCGUUCGUCUGGUGAUUUUCUUGGGGAUGUUCCUCGUGUUCGCCGGUGAUUACACGGCUCUGAUGUCGUCGAUAUUCGGCAUCAACGCCGACAAAAACGGCACAACGUCUCUCACCAAACGGCCGCAAAGCUCGCCAAAGGAUUCGCCACGUGGUCAGUCACUGCCGGAGGAGAAAAUUUUUAUGGAUGAAAACGGAAUCUCGGCGAAGGCGAAGCUCAUGUCAACGAUAAAAAGCUCCUGCCUGCCGAAAUUGAUUUGCGAACUUACAGCGUCGACGAAUCAGGAUCAGCUCAGCGAGAUGGAAAGAUCACUCCUUAAUCUGAUAAGAGACACCAGUCUCAGCACAACAGCCGAGGUCGCAUCGAGGUAUCAUUUUGCCGCUCACAUGGGCCAGCUGAUUUCCGGUCUCGAGGGUCAAGGCUGCCACAAUUUUUACCCGACCUGCCCAUUUCCCGGUUCGACUGUUCUCAGCUUGAUGAAGAAGGUCCGGAUGCGCUGAUCGGCGAACAAGGAACAUCGCGGACGGUGGAACUCUCCGUAACUUCCUGAGUUGGGGUUGAAGUCGGCGGAGAGUUUCCUGGAUUCGCAAAACUGCGUCGCAUUCAAACGAGUAAUUAGCCCGCGGUUAAAAGUUGGACACAGUCCGAUGUAUAUUACGAAAAUUUUUGCUGUGAAAUCGUCUUGGUUUUAUUUUUUCUAAAAUUUAGAUUGCGAUGCGUGCAAAGACUGAGGAUACCUAAAUUGUUUUCUGUAGGGAUACAAAGUCUAAAUUUCAAUAUAAUGGAAGAGAGAUUGCUGUAAUAAUACUCAAUUAUAUUGUCAUGAAUUGUUAUAGACGAUAUAUACACUUUGUCUUUCGUACGGCGGAAGUGAAGUUUUCUUUUUUUUUUUUUAUGCUUUUGUUUUGUGUACGCUAAUUAGUAAUUGCGCCGUGUGGUUGUUAUAUAUAUAUAUAUAUAUACCUAUCUCAUACGACGAGUGAUAUAUUGUAGAUAUGUUUAAGAUAGCGAAGCUAGUCUGACUUGACGGGAAUAAAAUGAACAAUCUGAAUCGUUGAUUUGUAUUUGUACAGUGCAUUAUCAUUUUCUUUAAUUUCAUUUCAGAAUUUCUAGCCGUUUAAAAUAAGUAUAUAUACGCAUACUAACCAUUUUUUAUAUUCACCAUUUAUUUAAAUACAUCCGUUUUACAUGUGUAAUUAUAAUUAUUCCUCACUGUAAUAUCUAGUUACAUAUAAAUUGAUUUAUCACACAUAUGCGUUAUGUCUCUGUACGUGUAUAUUCCAUACGAUUAACUCGCAUGUAUAAAAUAAUUGUAAUCUGUGUAUAAAUAAAAUUCA